GAGUGGACUUUAUAGACUUAAUACUUGCCCCAGCGUCACCACAGCGGGUCAAGACAGAAAUACACUACUCUGUACUCUAAUCCAAUGAAGGUGGAGUUCAGAUAAGCAAAAACGAAACGGCUGGCUUCGUUCAACAAAAGAAGUGUGCGAAAUGAGCGGCGGUGCAAGGGGAGGUUUGCCGUUACGUUAUCCCUCUUGGGCACCCUCCGCAAGUAAUCCAAAGAAUUAUCCUUGUGUACUGAGAACGACGGCGACCAACGCCGCAAUGACCAGCACACUAGUACUCCAAUGCCGUCCUCAUUCAUUCCUCCCAGUGUGCCUUUUCUGGAUUGCCAUAUCAGUCCUGACUGGAGCGGAAGCUGUCCCAGUCCCACCUAACUCGCCUGGAACAGGGCUUGGGUUUGUGGAGCACAAGGUCGAUGCCUCUUCGUUUGCGUGCCGGGGUGUUCUGGCCGGUGGGCCGGAGGGAUGGUAUCUUCAAAGAGAAAAACCAGUAACAAUAACGUGGGAAGGCCUACGGCCAGCAGCAGCCCAAAGACUGAUGCUCGAGUUAGCGACACCCGCAGGAAGCCGCUGUAACGUCACAACCACACCUGUGGAGUGGAGCUUAAGUCGAUACACCUACUCUGUGCCAUCUUCAGCUGUUAUUGCUAAUGAAGGACCUUGGACACUGACGUCCCCUGACGGUGCCAUGGGCUCGCUUUCGAAUGUCUUCCUAGCCAAUGACAUUGGUUCCUGCCAGACCACAGCGGCCAAUAACGGGGGAGGUGUACCAAGUUAUGUAGGCCCAGUUACAGCAACGGCAGCGGUCGUCAUUGUCGGUAUGGGUGGCCUGGUGUGGUUCAAACGACAUCGACGCGUAAUGCGAAGCAAAAGAAAGGGAAAAGCAUGGGAGGUUGGUAGAGACUCGGAGCAGAUGCAAGAGAAAGGGACAAAAGUUCAAGAGUGGAUGGCGAAAGCGGUCAAAAAAGGACCGAAAUCGAGAGACCCGCAAACAGGAUCGGAUGUAUCCGAUAAUGGAUCUACAGAGUAUGGUGGAAGUAACAAGUCCGUAUACUCCGAUGGCCCAUUGUUAUUCUCAUCUGGAACGUUGGAAGACCUCAAAAGCCCAAGUGGGACCUCCGCCAAGUCACGAUCUAGUUCGUCAUCACAGAGCAACCUGGAGACCACGGUGCCAAAGCCAGCCGUCCGCACGUACACUGGCCCGCCUCCACGAUUUGCUGGCGGCUCCUCUACAUGGCGACCACCAAGAGAGGCUGGCAUUCUUUGCAAAGCCGUAUUUGCACAUAAGCCAGAGCAACCCGACGAAAUGAAUCUUCGUCGAGGCGACUAUGUGGUAGUCGAUGCCUUCUUUGAAGAUGGGUGGACACUCGUCCAUUCUCAGGACCCAUUAAAAUUCAAGUUCAAAAAGGGCAAGGAGAAAGCGGGAGCUGAGACUCGCAAAUGGAUGCCAAAAGCGAAGUCAAAGACCAAUGAUCAAGAAGACCUCAAGAAAGAAGGACGCGAUCAAAACUCCUCUGGAAUGGUACCAUGGCAUUGUCUAGCACUUGCGACGGAGCAAGAUGUACGGCAGUUGGCAAAAACAGUCUCAGAGGUUAGCGUAAAUAGUGGAGUUACCGGUAACUACGCCAUGUCACAUAGACUUUAGAGUAGUGUCGAGCACGUACCGUCCCACCGUUGACUGUGAUGAGCAUUGAUGGCUGCGUCAGUGCAAGUUAUAUAACGUUCUAUGCAAAGUUCUGAUGAUGGAAAUAAAUUUUGGGUUUUUGGAAAGACCAAAUAUCUUG